GAAUUGCGGCUCGGGCACGCAGGAUUUGUCCCCCCUCGCGUCGCAUCUCCCCCAACCCUCUCGCUCCGCCGCCGACCGCCCGCACGCCGCUCCUCCGCCGCGCGCGCUCUCCUCCUGCGUCGCCUCCCACGCCGUCCCGUCGGAUGCCGCGCGCGCUCCCCUCCGCCGCGCGUGCCCGACCCCUCCUCCUCCGCCGCCGCCGCGGCCUCGUUCUUCCAGGCCCGGUAGGAGCCCGUGAGGCUACCGUAGCGCAAGCCCAGGCAGCAACCCGGCCCAGCUCACCCGUCUUCAUCAGCAGGGGUUGUCCGGCCGCCACCGCGCGUCGCCGGUCGUGUCACCGCCGCCACUUCCGCUGCUUAUGAGAGCCCUCACUGCCGCCACAAUCUCCUCCCCGAUACGCGCCCUCCUCCUCCACCACCCCUCCUUCCGCUCAACCCUCCGCCUCCCUCUCACCAUGAACCCCUCCUCCUCCUCUGGCUACUGCUCCAAUGCUGCCGCCUUUGCCUCCACGCACCAGCCGCGUGGCGGCCGUGGCGGUGGCAGGCGACCGGGUGGACGUGGCGAUGGCGGUGGCGACGGCGGAAACCGCAUCGACGCCCUCGGCCGCCUCCUGACGAGGGUCUUGCGGCACAUGGCGCCGGAGCUGAGGCUGAACAUGAGGAGCGACGGGUAUGUGCGGGUCCGCGACCUGCUCCGCCUCAACCUGGAGACCUUCGCCAAGGUUCCGCUCAACUCCCACACGGUGGAUGAAAUCAGGGAGGCGGUCAGGCGAGACAACAAGCAGAGGUUUGGUCUGUUGGAGGAGGAUGGCGAGCUGCUGAUUCGAGCUAACCAGGGGCACACUGUGACAACUGUUACAUCAGAGAGCUUGUUGAAACCAAUUCUAUCGGCUGAUGAAGUCUCAGUCUGUGUCCAUGGAACUUACAGGAAAAAUGUUGAUUCAAUAUUGAAAUAUGGGCUUAAACGUAUGGCAAGACUACAUGUACAUUUCUCCAGUGGUUUACCAUCAGAUGGAGGUGUUAUUAGUGGUAUGCGGAGUGGCGCAAACAUAUUGAUGUAUUUGAAUGUCAGAAAGGCACUCCAAGACGGGAUGAAGCUAUACAUCUCAGACAACAAGGUGAUACUGACGGAGGGCUUCGACGGCGUUGUCCCCGUCAAGUACUUCGAGAAGAUCGAAACAUGGCCAGGACGUGCACCGAUACCGUUCCAGAGGUAGAAGAGACCUUACCGUAGCACUGGAGUCCCGCACGGCCUCCCGCUCAGCGAAAACUUGGAAUGAAUGCGCUGCACGACAGGAUUCUCCUUGCCGAAAAGGAAAUCAACCGUGUUGUAAUAUCUGAAAGAGUUUCGUCAUGUAACCCUGGUAUAUCCGUAUAUGAGAGGGAGCAUUAUUCUGCUGCUGGUUGUGCAAAACCUGUGUAUGAUGAUGAUUUCCAGAUGUUAUGGAGUAGCAAAUUUUGUUUAUGAUGUGUAGAUCUGCGAAGUUUCAUUCAAAAAUAUGUAAAUUUUGCAUG